ACCUCGCUGCUGGCGCUUGUAUAAAUCAGAUAACGAACGAAUAUAUAUACUCGCUCGAUCGCUCAUCCCCUCACCACGGCAUCCACUACAAUGUCUCAAUCAAAUGACCCACCUUUCGCGUUAACACAUCAGCUAAGCUGGGGUUUGGAUCAGCCUUCAGGGUCCUCUUCAACCCCACGCCAAUACCUACCAGGGUACCCCCAGAUCUCGCUGCAGGAUCGACGCACAGUAUGGGACUUCCUCAGCCAGGAGUUCUUCUCGGACGAUCUAGAUCGGAUGGCAGACAAGCUUUGGUGGAUGUCAAAACAGGACAGCCGGAACAUCUCCCCACUCCAUCGGCAGUUAGUGAAACGGCGAACCGUUAUUAUUACGGAGGAUCCAAAGCUACAUCUCGUAUGGAUCUACGACCGAAUCUUUAUAAAACCACUUCCCCGCUAUAUCAUGUCGUACGCAUUUUGGCAAGACUAUCUUUGCAACGACAAGAACAACGAUAUAUCCAAACGAACGCGAAUACACCGAGCAGCGCUAGGUUAUCUCCGUACAUAUUACUAUCUGUCGGCUGGUGUAGUUGGUCACUUCGCUGGUAGAUAAGUCCCGAUUUGAGCCUCGCCCACUUGGGUCGGUGACGAGUCGCGGGUUCGAAUCCCGCAGCUGACACACAAG